AUGCAUACAGCGUUAGGUUGUCUUUCCACUGGAGUGCCCACUCUUCUGGGGUUAAUUCUGCUGUGGUAUCCCUUGUUGGUUACAAGUCAGAAUGACACUGAGCCUAUUGUACUGGAAGGUAAAUGUUUAGUGGUCUGUGACUCAACACCAUCUUCAGAACCAGCAAAUAAUGCAUUGGGAAUGUCCGUGCGCUCUGGCACUGGCCGAGUGGCUUUCUCUGCCACUCGCCAAACCAACCAUGAACCCACAGACAUGAGCAAUCGUACCAUGAUCAUCUACUUUGACCAGAUCUUGGUGAAUGUGGGUGGUCAUUUUGACCAGGAGAGCAGUGUCUUCUUGGCCCCAAGGAGAGGGGUAUACAGCUUUAACUUUCAUGUAGUGAAAGCUUACAACAGACAAACCAUACAGGUGAGCUUGAUGCUUAAUGGAUGGCCAAUGAUUUCUGCCUUUGCUGGCGACCAGGAUGUAACCAGAGAAGCAGCCACUAAUGCUGGAUUGGUGAUCAUGGAAAGGAGUGACAAAGCCUACCUUAAAUUGGAGCGGGGCAAUUUGAUGGGGGGAUGGAAAUAUUCCACUUUCUCAGGCUUUCUGGUCUUCCCCCUGUAA